AUGUCAGUCAAUAUUCAAAUGAUUCAUAUCCACUAUCGAGGCAAGUUCCUCUCGCUUCUAGACUCGGACGAUUCUACACCAUUGUACACCGUAAAAGUCUGUCGCGAAAUGCCUCAGGUCCAACUGAUGAGGCGUCAAAACAGUGAUGUUUCUAGCAAUGAGGACCAUACAGACAGUCUGUCAGGUCUGUGCACAUCAUCAUUCAAAAAGCUGAGUAUGGAAGUAACGCUCUCCAUUCGCGGCCAUCGGGUCCUGCUUCGCCGACCGGACAUCCUUUCGCGCACUUAUCGCUUUGAAGGCCUUUCUAUGCCCGAUACUGUUCUGCAGUGGGAGGCUGAUGGGGCCCUGACGGGGGAUUUCAAGCUUGUCAAUACGUGCGACUGUCAAGUACUUUGCCGAUUCCACAAUAAGGUGUUUUCGGUUGCGGAGGUGGGAUCUUUUGAGAUGAUUGGGAUGCUAUCUGAAGAGCUCAAAGAGGAGAUCGUUAUCAGUGGGCUGGCAGUAUUGGUUAUGCUGCAGAGUCUGAAUUUGGCGGGUAUGGUUCUAAUGGGGAAUCCUUGA